AUGCCAGCUUUAGACGCAUCAGAAGCUCCGGGCGAGGAGGCGCCUCUUACACGACUUCCCUUUGAGCCAAUAUCAAGACCCCACAUACUUCACUGUUCCUACGAUUACUGGCACCCAAAAUACAGAUCCUCAACCCUAAAGUCUCGCAUAAUUCCCCUCACCCCCUCCUUCCUCACCUACCUCCGCAAGGACGGCAUCGUGCUUCCCUCAGAAACCCCCAUUCACAACCCAUCUACAGAUGACAACACUACAUCCGAUGGCUGGGACGAAGACCCGGAUCCGGACCCCUCUCUCGAAUUCCCCGAAAUCCACCAGCAAAUUAAAGACACAAUCGCAGAACUUGGGGGGCUUGUAGCACCGAAGCUGAACUGGUCUUCUCCUAAAGAUGCGACGUGGAUUAGCAUGACGAAGAAUAGUAUGGAGUGCGCUACGCCGAAUGAUAUAUAUCUCCUGUUGAAGAGCUCGGAUUUCAUCACGCAUGAUUUGGAACAUGCAUUUGACGAUUGUGCAGAGAACGAUUCCGUCACGGCAGAGGAUAUAAAUUAUGUGCUGGUGUUGAGAAAAUGGUUCAAAGUCAAUCCAUCCUGCGAGUUCAGAUGUUUUGUCAAGCAGAGAAGGAUAAUUGGGAUAUGUCAGCGGGAUUUAAAUCAUUUUGAUUUUCUUUUUCCGCUGAACGAACAGUUGCGGGAUACGAUUCAGAAGUAUUUCGACAAGACAUUGAAGAGCACCUUCCCGGAUGCCAGUUUUGUGUUUGAUGUCUACCUACCAGAGCCAUACGAUAGAGUUCGACUUAUGGAUAUUAACCCCUGGGCUCCUCGAACAGACCCGCUGCUCUUUUCUUGGCUGGAACUCCUCACCAUGCCCGUACCAGCGCCGUUAAUGGGUGUUCCGGACUCAUCUGAGAAUCAACCACUACCUCAGUCGAGCAGUGAUGAGGAUACCCAAGACGAGGAUGUGGAAGAGGUCCCGUGGAAGCCGGAGCUUAGGUUGGUGAGGAAAGAUGAUCCGGAGGCGUAUAACUUCUCGAGUCCGCAGUAUAGUGCGCAUAAGCUGCCGAAGGAGGUCGUGGAUGCUGGUAUGGGUGAGAGCAGUAUGAUGGAGUUCGCGGCUCAGUGGAAGAAUAUGAUGAAUGGGGAUGUGAAGCUGCAGGGUGGGAGUGAUAGUGAGGAUGAGGACGAGGUGGUGGUAGAGCCAUCAUAG